UUUUAAAACUCUAUGGCCGGAAGUUUACGCAAGCACAUCAACAGGGAGGGAGAGGGGGGGUCGCUGUUGUCGGCGCGUGCGCACACCGCUGCAAGGAGUCCCGUCUGGGUUUCAGGUUCUGGCCAUGGAAGUCCCUGCACCCGAGGGGGAGAAGCCCCCACUGUCUGCGGCGAUGAGGGCGAAGAUUGAGCGGAAUCGACAGCGGGCCCUGAUGCUGAGGCAGGCAAGGCUGGCGGCCAGGCCCUACCCGGCUACUGGGGAAGGCUGUUCUAAAAUUAAAGCGCCUCCAAAAAUAAUAGAUACAGGGGGAGGAUUCUUUCUUGAAGAAGAGGAGGAAGAAGAACGCACGGCUGAGAAAAUUGUGCACCCCCCUGGGCCUGUAUUAGAAUUUGAUUACCUUAUUUGUGAAGAAUGUGGUAAAGAGUUCAUGGACUCCUACCUCAUGACCCAUUUUGAUCUAGCAACCUGUGAUAACUGCAGAGAUGUUGAAGAGAAGCAUAAACUCAUAACAAGGACUGAAGCCAAGCAAGAGUAUCUUCUGAAAGACUGUGAUUUAGACAAGAGAGAACCAGUGCUCAGAUUCAUUUUGAAGAAAAACCCUCAUAAUCCACGCUGGGGUGACAUGAAACUUUAUUUAAAGCUACAGAUAAUCAAACGUUCUCUUGAAAUUUGGGGUAGUGAAGAAGCAUUAGAAGAAGCUAAGGAAAGCCGCCAGGACAACAGAGAGAAGCUGAAACAGAAAAAGUUUGAUAGAAAAGUUAAAGAACUUCGGCGAGCUGUAAGGAGCAGCACAUGGAAAAAAGAUACAAGCGUCCAUCAGCAUGAAUAUGGAGCUGAAGAAAUUAUAGAUGACGACCUUUACAAAAAGACCUGUACCACAUGUGGUCAUGAACUAACAUAUGAAAAAAUGUAAUAUUUUUGGUUUUACAUUCUUUGUGUCUUUUUGAAUAUUAAUUUUUGUAUUUUCUAAAAUAAACUGUACUACUUGUGCUACA